ACACAUGUGACGAAGAAGGAAAAAACCCUUAAAGCGCACCAUCUGCUCAGUAAGAGGCUGGGAUCUUGGCUGCAAAAGGCACUGAUCGUGUUGAGGUCCAUCAAGAGAUUGAUGCUCAUGCGAUGGGAAGCUAUAAUCUUUUGAGCAAGUGUGCAGAGUUAACGAAAUCGGCGUUUUCUACCCGCCGGAGAACCUGAUAUUGCUCGCUGCGUUGUUAAUUACUCCAACCUACGACGUAUCUGGAUGUUGUGCAGAUAUGUUCAUUUCUAAAAUGAUUUUAUGAAAUUCCUUAUUUGAAAUUUUAGAAUUGAAUUUUUUUUUUUUUUUGUUCUUUCUACCAAUUAAAUCAGACUAUGGAUGAUGUGCAGGAAAGCGAUGCAAAGUGGGCAAGUCAAGAGGCUAAAAAAUUGAAACAUUAUUUUGAAGUGGUUUUGUUAAAGUUAGAAUCCACGUUGGCUUAAUUUAGAAACUGAUCAAAGCAUGCAGACUUUUAUUCUAUGCCUUGCGGGGAGGAAGAUGAACCCAGCUCUUGUUUUGUCUCAUAACUGCACUUCGCUUUUAUUCUUUUUCUUUUUUCCCCUUUUUAAUUCCAGGUCUGAUGUGUUUCUCUCGAGGACACCCUUCCGUUACGCCUUUUUAAAGCCUGCAGUGGUAGUGUUGGGUUUUUUCUAUUUCCUUUUUUUGAAACUUUUCCUUUUUUUUUUUUCCUGAACUUUCCACCUUUUUAGGUCCUUCCACGUUUUCUUAGCUGUUACUAAUUCUACGCGUUUUUAAAGAGAGUAGGUAAGCUUCCUUUAUUUUUAUUCCAAUACGCGUUUUCCCUCCCCCCCAUGCCCCGUGUUACGCGUUUUCGUGCUUUUUGACCAUUAAGUGAUGGCUUCUUCGCUGCCAAUGCUGACAAAAGACUCGUACUGGCUUCACGUGAAGCUGCCGGGAAACGGCCCUACUUACUGCUUCUUUGGCUUCUUGGCCGCUAAUGUUGACAAAAGACUCGUACUAGCGUCACAUGAUGUAAUUAUUUGGUUACAACUCAAAAAUUUAUAGAUUUGUGAGUAAGAGAUUUGUUUUUUAUUUUAUUAAUUAAAUUUUAAUUUUUUUA